CCAAAGGCAGCAUCAGUAUGGUGGGAGAGGCUGGUUUGUUGACUCAGUCGGAGCUUUGGCUUUAAUGUAGUGGCUGCUGGUAAAGUAGCUAACAGUCUGUGUUCGAUCAGUUCCGCUGUCAAUAUGCCAGUGGCGAAGCUCUCUUUAAAUGCAUAGUUGCCGUUAAAACUGUAGCAAAAUGACGAUUUACAAACAACGUAUUCCGUUUUGGCCAAAUCUGUAACGACGUCUGUUUUUUUCUUUUUGCUUGUGCGAGCUUAAGUUCGAAGAUUGUUGAGAUAAACGGUUGAAGUUCCUCCGUAGAGAGAGCGAGAUGGCUAAUGCUAGGCUGACCUACUGUGGUUUGUAUAGCAUUUAGCCAGCUAGCCGGUCGAGUAAAACAUGGAGCCAGUCGUUUGUCUUGGGGGAUUUAGACCGUAAACACGCAUCAGUUUAUCAAACGUUGCCGAAGCGAGUGGUUUGUAACCUUAAGCAGCCUGGCCGCAGCUGUGAAACGGGUCCUGGUUUCAGUGUUGGCCUUGGAGGUUAGCAGACGGCUGCCUAGCUGCUGCACGUCCGGCUCAUUACUGUGGGCACAUGUUCCUGAUGGCCUCCCUGCCAGCCAUGGACGCUGUGACUGACUCGUGCCCGGCGGUGCACCAAAAUGGGACGGCUCAUCGCGAACCUCCAGACGCACGACCAGCUGCUGCCGUUUUGAGGAUUCGUUUCUAUCCCAGCAGCCAGGAAGAUGACGGCCACAGCUUUCUCAGCUACCCACCUGGGGACUAUGUGGCUGAGGAGCUGUGUAUAGAUGCAGCCAAGGAGUGCAAAAUAUCCCCGCUGUACUUCAGCCUGUUUGGCCUUUUUAGAGAACAUGACCGCCUGUGGUUUCCACCCAGCUACAUCUUCCACCUCGACGACUCUGCUGCUGAAGAGUUGUAUUUUAGAAUACGGUAUUAUUUUCCUGGCUGGUACAGUAAUGGAGCAUCCAGGUCUUAUAGAUAUGGGGUCAAAAAGGGAUCAGAAAGUCCUGUCCUCGAUGACUCUGUAAUGUCCUACCUCUUCUAUCAGUGGAGGAAUGAUUUUGUCAAUGGCUUGGUAAAGAUUUCCAACUCCCACGAAAUGCAGGAAGAGUGCCUUGGAAUGGCUGUUUUAGACAUGACGAGAACUGCUAAGGAGAAACAGACGUCUCCUUUAGAGAUCUAUGACACUAUGAGUUAUAAAUCUUUUUUGCCAAAAGAUAUCCGAGCUCAAAUCCAGGACUGCAGCUUCUUGACACGUAAGCGAAUCCGCUUCCGCUUCAAGCGCUUCAUCCAGCAGUUCAGUCACUGCCGGACAACCGUCUGGGAUCUGAAGUUGAAGUACCUCAUUAGCAUCGAAUCCCUGGAGAAGGCUUUCUACACUGAGACCUUCCAGGUCAGAGAGCCAUCCAGCGGGCAGCUCAUCGUACAGGUCGCAGCCAACACUGGAAUACAGUGGUGUCGAGAGAAGUUAAAAGACGCUGACGAGGAGCUGCAGACAUUGUGUGAUUUUCCAGAUAUCACAGAUAUUGGCAUCAAACAAGCCAGCAAAGAUGGCACCUCAGAAAGCCGAACGGUCACCCUCAACAAGCAAGAUGGCAAGAAUCUGGAGCUUGAGUUCUCCAGCCUGCCUGAAGCCCUCUCCUUUGUAUCCCUCGUUGAUGGCUAUUACAGACUAACAACGGAUGCAUAUCACUACCUUUGUAAAGAAGUGGCGCCUCCCAGGCUUAUUGAAGCUCUGUCUGCACAUUGCCAUGGCCCCAUUUCAAUGGAGUUUGCAGUAAACCGGCUUCAGAAGUGUGGAAACAAACAUGGGCUGUACAUUUUGAGAUGCAGCCCUAAAGAUUACAACAAAUAUUUUCUGACAUUCCCUCUAGAGGUUUGUGAUACGAUAGACUACAAGCACUGCUUGAUAAUCAGGUCUGCCACCGGGGAGUUCAACCUGAGUGGAACCAAACGAAACUUCAGCAGCAUGCAGGAGCUUCUCAGCUGCUACCAGAAGGAGACGGUGCGCUCCGACAGCAUCAUUUUCCAGUUCAGGAAGUGCUGUCCUCCUCUGCCUAAAGAGAAGACCUGUCUACUGGUGUGCAGAAGCAACAAGGGCUCCGAGGUGCCAUUGACCCCGUCCCUCCAACGGCACAACAUCAGCCAGAUGGUGUUUCAUAAGAUCAGCAAGGAUGAUCUGGAAUUUAUGGAGAGUCUUGGUCAGGGAACAUUUACAAAAAUAUUUAAAGGGGUCCGAAAAGAGCUGGGAGACUACGGAUGUAUGCACCAAACAGAAGUCAUCAUGAAGGUUUUGGACCUGGCUCACAGGAAUUACUCUGAGUCGUUCUUUGAAGCUGCCAGCAUGAUGAGCCAGUUGUCUCAUAAGCAUCUGAUCCUGAACUACGGCGUGUGUGUCUGUGGAGAAGAGAACAUCAUGGUGCAGGAGUACGUGAAGUUUGGCUCUCUGGACACCUACUUGAAGAAGAACAAGAGCUCCAUUAACAUCAUGUGGAAGCUUGAAGUGGCGAAGCAGCUGGCCUGGGCCAUGAACUUUCUGGAGGACAAGCAGCUUGUUCACGGGAACGUAUGUGCUAAAAAUGUUCUGCUGAUCAGAGAGGAGGACCGCAGGGCUGGAAACCCUCCUUUCAUCAAACUCAGCGACCCUGGAAUCUGCAUCACCGUCCUGCCCAAAGAAAUUGUCAUUGAGAGGAUCCCUUGGGUGCCUCCGGAAUACAUCAAAGAGCCGGGGAAGCUGUGCCUGGCUGCAGACAAGUGGAGCUUUGGAACCACGUUAUGGGAAAUCUGCAGCGGCGCUGAGAAGCCAUUAGGAACAUUGGACAACUUCAAGAAAAUCCAGUUCUAUGAGAAUCACCACCACCUUCCAGCACCAAAGUGGACCGAGCUGGCCAACAUCAUCUCCAGCUGCAUGGACUAUGAGCCCGCGUUCAGGCCCACGUUUCGCGCAGUCAUCCGUGACCUCCACAGCCUCAUCACACCAGACUAUGAGCUGAUCAUGGACAGCGACAUCCUGCCAAACAGGACCGCGGGGUCUGCCUGGACCACCGGGGGCUUUGAGAGUCACGAGCCUGCUCAGUUUGAGGAGAGACACCUUAAAUUCUUACAACUGCUGGGCAAAGGGAACUUUGGGAGUGUGGAGAUGUGCCGCUAUGACCCCCUUCAGGACAACACGGGGGAAGUGGUGGCUGUGAAGAAGCUGCAGCACAGCACCGAGGAGCACAUGCGAGACUUUGAGCGGGAGAUUGAAAUCCUCAAGUCUCUCCAGCAUGAAAACAUCGUUAAAUACAAAGGCGUUUGUUACAGCGCAGGUCGUCGAAACCUUCGCCUCAUCAUGGAAUACCUUCCCUUUGGAAGUCUACGAGAUUACCUCAUCAAGAAUAAGGACAGGAUCGACCACCAAAAACUUGUUCAUUACGCUUCUCAGAUCUGCAAGGGCAUGGAGUACCUGUCAAGUAAACGGUAUAUCCACAGAGACCUGGCGACGCGAAAUAUCCUAGUUGAGAGCGAACUGAGGGUUAAGAUUGGGGAUUUCGGUCUCACCAAAGUUCUGCCUCAGGAUAAAGAGUACUACAUGGUUAAAGAGCCAGGGGAGAGUCCCAUAUUCUGGUACGCCCCAGAGUCUCUGACUGAGAGCAAGUUCUCGGUGGCUUCUGACGUCUGGAGUUUUGGGGUGGUGCUUUAUGAGCUCUUCACCCACAGCGACAAGAACUGCAGCCCCCCUGCAGUUUUUAUGUCCAUGAUGGGCAACGACAAGCAGGGCCAGCUGAUUGUCUAUCACCUCAAUGAGCUCCUGAAGUCGGGCAGCAGGCUGCCGCAGCCGCUGGGCUGCCCUCCAGAGAUUUAUGAGAUUAUGGAGGAGUGUUGGAAUAAAGACCCCACCUCGCGUCCCUCUUUCAAGGAGCUGGCUCUGAGCAUCGACCUUUUCAGGGACAGUAAGGAGUUUUAAAAUCACCACAAGUGACCUGCUCCUCCUCCUCGGCGCCCCCGUUUGUGGCGAAGGCCAAAGCCAGCUCCUCUCCUGCAAGGUGCCAGUUUGUGGACGACGGCAUCACUGUUGUGGAACGGGGCCCUGCUCAAACACAAAAGAACUAAAACUGCUGCCGUGGUGCCUUUUAAGCAAGGCACUUUUCUAUUGUGGAAGCGCAGAACUGCCUCCAUCUGACUGGAAAUUCUUGGUCAAACUCUUGAAGGUGACGUUGAAAAGGCUGUGACAAGACUGUUGCCAGAUGUAAAGCUAGAGAUACUUGUGAUGAACAAGUUUUGUGUGUGUGUGUGAGUGUGGGUGUGUGUGUGUGUCUGUGUGUGACACGGUGUGGUCCAAAAAAUGCUAGCUGGCCUAGCUCUGCCACGCCCUCGUCCUUUCACAUGCGCAGACAUGGACUCAUGACAGUAUUCUAUGUGCGUUAAACUGUAUUACUGCAUAUUGUGUAUAUGUAUUCAGAAAAAUUUUAGAAUUUUAUAAAAUUUAAAUAUAGUAAAGACUAUAUUUGAAAUGUCAGACAUAUUUGUAAAUUAAUUGCAUAAAAAGGUGUUUUGAAAAAAUCUUGUUUUAAGUGCGAGACACGGUGUGAGAAUUAAAGAAAGUGUCUGUGGACAAAAAAUGA